AGACGAACAUGUUAACAUCAGUUGCUAGCUGACUAGAGAGAAAAAUGCAUCCGCUGACAAAUUGUUUUCUGCCUCUCCUGGUAUUUGCGCUCUGUGGUGGCAGCGUGCCAGUGUCAGGCGCUCACACACCGACUUAUAUCUGGAGAGAUGACGCGACAGGGGAUUCCCUUACGUGCGACCUAUGCGCUCCUGGAACAUACUUACUGAAGCAUUGCACAAAGGACCGCAAGAGCGACUGCGGACCUUGUCCAAAGUCCCACUACACAGAGAUCUGGAACUACAUCGAGCGGUGUCAAUACUGCAAUCGUUUUUGCACGGCUGGUGAGAUUGAAAGCGUACCGUGCACCCAACUGCACAACCGACAGUGCGAGUGCAAGGAUGGGUUCUACAUGACACAUGGGUCAUGUUCAAGGCACAGAAGGUGUCCACCCGGGGAAGGGGUCAUCUCUAAUGGAACCGCACACACUGAUGUGAAGUGUGAACCUUGCCCAGUGGGCUUCUUCUCUGCAGUGUCCUCCAGUAGGAAAACCUGUCAGAAGUUUUCUGUGUGUGCCCCAGGUCGCACCACUAUACCUGGCAAUCACAUGAAUGAUGUUUACUGCUCAGCAUGUACGAAUGGUUCAAGAACACAUGAAGGUGAAGCUAUCUGUGAUGGGGAGUUGAUGGAAUUCCUGGCACUGCAGAUCCUCACACCAAGAAAGGACAAAAGACUGGUGGCUGUGCUCAGGAGGAGUGCUGGUAAAGCCACAACCAAUAAUGCAACUGUACUAGACCUCCUCAAAACUAUUAAGAACAAAGCUGGCAAACAUUUUGCUAUUCAAAUGCGUGGUAUCCUGAACACAGACAGGCUGCUCCAUUUAAGAACUAAAGUCAACAAAUGGUUUCCUCAUAUGAAUUUAUAGGGCUAAUAGAAAUCACCACAUAUUGUAAACAGUUUAUUUUCUUCAAGUUUUUGUUUUGUAUCCAUCCUUAUUUUAUUCUUAUUUAUUGUUGUUUAUACACCUUGUGGGUGGGGGCAAUGUAUUUUUUUUUUUAAACAGGAGAAGACUAGUGUUUUGUCCUUGAAUUCCUCAUUGUGCAGUAUAUCAGAAUAUAUCAAAAAAAAGUUCAAGACUUAUUGUUUCCUUUCAAUAAAAUGCAUUCAAAACGA